AUGGACGCAUUAUUAUUCGCCAUUGACUUAGAAGUCGUGUUGCUUCAAAUGGGCAUUUUAGAAAGGAGUGCUCAACGAAGAUUUCCAGCUUGCGGGAUUCGAAGUAAGAAACAAAAACAACUCUAUGACAAACUUGUUAGAGAUCGUAAAAUUGUAAAAGAAGUUUUUUUAAGAACUCUGGUUGAAUUGGUCGAAGGUGGUGAUUGGUAUACGCUAAAACAAGCUGUGAAUAUGUUGGAAGCCACAGCCAAUUCCGGCGCAUCUCUCAAGGCUCAAUAUCAAAAGACAAAAACGACAAUAGAAGAUAUCACGAUGGAAUUGCAAAGAAACAUGCAGCAAUGGUCACUUGAUCUUCGUAAUUGUGACAUAAAAAUAGCGUUUCUUCGUGAUAAUAUAAAGGAUAGCGUCUUGAAUACGCGCCUUCAAUUUAACUAUGUGGAUAAAUGGUCAAGCGCACGUGCUGAAUCUGUGGAACUACAAACACAAACCAAGAUCACACCAGCACCACGGCUUGAGUUUGAGGACUGCGUGCAUGAUGAACUGCUACGAGCUUAUACUCUACAGAUAAAGGAACGGGAAGAGUUAUUGGAAUACUGGAAAUCGCGGUACGCUAAUGAUACUGUCGAUAUAGAAAGUCGACUCACAGAACAGUGCGAAAAAUUACGAGUCACAGUGAAACGCCGAGGAGAGUUAGAGUCUUUGUACAAAUUACACGAGGGCGAGAUGCGUGCAUGGCUGACUUUCAAAAAAGAGCGCGCAGCCAGACUUGCCCGUGAAGACCGCUUGCGCCGAGCCGCUACGCGCGUUCAAGCGUGGUGGCGAGGCGUCAUGGUGCGCCGCGCGAUAGGAACGUUCCGUUACUUACGGAACGUAAAAAAAAACAUGCCUAAAAGUAAAAAGAAAUAAUGUCUUGAUAAUUAUAAAACAAU